GCCGCUACAAGCCAUCCAGAACACAAGUCGAAACCAAAACAAAAGAAAUCUGAAAGGGAUGUAGGCAAGACACUCCUACCUGUUGCUCGUGUUCAGAAGAUCUUGAAGGCGGAUAAGGAGAUGUCGACAUGUGGCAAGGACGCUGUGUUUCUCAUCUCUGUUGCCGCCGAAGAGUUCAUCAAGCGGCUGGCCCAAGCAGGACAUCAACAAGCUCAACGAGACAAGCGCUCGACUGUCCAACAGCGUGAUCUAGGUACG